AUGGGGCAAAACUCAUCACAACAGUUGCCUCUGAAGGACAGCAAAGAGGUUUCCAGCAUCUGUGAGGUCGUCAGCGAGGCUAUAGUCCAUGCAGCUCAGAAAGUGAAGGAGUAUCUUGGAUUUGAAGAUCCUCUGAGCAAUCUGUGCCCGGCUUCCAACACUCUGAAUGAGAUCUUCUUAAUCCACUUUGUCUCUUUCUGCCAAGACAAGGGAGUGGACGAGUGGCUCACCACCACCAAGAUGACCAAGCACCAAGCUGUACUGUUUGGGGCAGACUGGAUUUGGACCUUCUGGGGAUCCGAGAAACAUGAGAAACAGGUCAGGCUCCAGCUGGCGGUGCAAACUCUGCAAAUGUCUUCUCUCCCUCCUAUGGAAUCUAAGCCCCGUGACUUCUCACCUCCGGAAUCCAGGGCAGAGGAGCCUUUCAGGAAGAGAAGUAGAUUUGAUAAGCUGGAAGAAUUCUGUAAGUUGAUAGGAGAGGAUUGUCUGGGCCUGUUUAUCAUCUUUGGGGUGCCGGGUAAGCCCAAAGACAUCAGGGGAGUGGCCCUGGACAGUGUCAAAGGUGAGACCAUGCAGGGCCAGCUGCCAGGACCGAAGGCCGUGGCACAGUUUGUCCUGGAAACUGAAGAUUGUGUCUCCAUCAGAGAGCUGCUUGGAAACUGUCUGAGUAAGAAAGACGGGCUGAGAGAGGUGGGCAAGGUUUAUAUUAGCAUCCUCUGA